AUGUUCCACCCAUCAGAGCCGAGUGACUUUGUUGGAGUGCUACGUGUGCCAAAAGAAUUCCUCUGUGCCAUUAGGACUCUGUUCCUCGCUGCUCCCCUCUUCGCCCUCGCCCCCCUUCUUAGCCGUGUGGCGUUGUUCGAGAACUAUGUGCGCCAGCAGACCCUCUUUGCGCCGUUGAGAGAGGCUGCCCCCCCGUUUUCUCCGUUCGGUGCACCUUAUUUCGACAUAGCGCUGCAUGUGUGCCGCAUUCACAUGACCAAGCUGGACUCUGCCAACCCUGUACUCGUUAUAGAGGACCCCGUUCAUGCGGAGAAGGGCAAGUGGAAGUUUGUGAGCGACAAGGACUCACCCGACCCCUCGCAGAUCUUCCGCCUGCACGACACCUGCCGGGGAACGCCACGGGCUCGCACCCAGUCAGCCAAUCAGCGUCCAACACCUCAGCAUGUGGCAUCCUCUCCCCGCACCCCACAAUCACAUGCACCAGCAGCCCAGCUCCCUGCAUCUCGGUCUCACACUGCCCCCUCCUCCAUUCACCAUCCCCCCCAACCACAGAUGAACCCCACCAUGUAUCCCCAACCUCCUGCCACUCCUGCCAUUUCCCCGUUUGCUGCUCCUGCUGCUGCCCCUUAUUCUGCUCUUGCUGCUGCUGCUUAUGAUGCCUAUGCUGCGGCCUAUUGCACACAGCAGCAGGCACAGCAGCAGCAGCAGGCAUGGCAGCAGUAUCAGCAGCAGCAGCAGGCAUGGCAGCAGCAGCAGCAAGGGGGGUGUUCAGGAGCAGCAGCAGGAGCAGGGGAAAUGGCGUCAGGACCAUCUGAAUCCAGGGGCGUGGUGAACGUGCACGCGUGGCAGGAUGACGUGGACGAGGACACGGCGUUCCAGCUGGCACUGACUGAGUCGAUGCACACUGCUAGCACCGCUGGUUCUUCCCGAGCCGACGCUCCUGGUGCUUCUAGUGCUUCUAGUGCCGCCGCUGCGGCUGCUCAGGGAAUGAGCAGAGGGGAGGGAGGAGCAGACGGGUUUAUUCUCACCCGCUCCUCCUCCGAGCCUCACUCCAGAUCCGGACGCUCCCUCUCCUCAUCUUCCUCUUCCGCUGCUGGUGCUGGUGUUGCUGCCUCUGGUGCAUCCACUUCUUCUCAUCGCUCCUCCAGGUCCGUUUCAGCCUCUGCUGAUCGCCACCCCUUUGCCGCACCUGCUGCCCCUAUCCCCUCUUCCUCUGCUGCCGCUGGCGCUUCUUCUGGCGCUGCUGCCGCUGGCCACGCAUCCAGGUCGGCAGGUACAGCUGGCACUACUGCAGCUGGGGUGGAAGGGGGUAGAAUGCGCGAUGAGAUUGCGAAACAGUUCUCAUCUGUGGCACCGGCGUUCAACCGAGCAGCAGCAGCCGUGUCAUCGCUCUUUGCUUCCGGCCCACCGUCAGCACCUCCUGCGGAUGGUCCUGCUUCCACAUCAGGAGCAUCAGUGGGAGCAGGGAGAGUGCCAGGAGCAUCCGUGACAGGCCAGCCAGCAACAGCAGCAGCAGCAGCAGCAGCAGCAGCAGCAGCAGCAGCAGCAGCAGCAGCAGCAGCAGCAGCAGCAGCAGCAGCAGCAGCAGCAGCAGCAGCAUCAGUUCAACCACCUAUCACCCAUCAGCACCCACCUGUUUCCAUGAACCCUCAGGUGCAACCACCCAACUCCCAUCCCCAUACACCUGCCAUCGUCCCAUCCCCUGCUGCUGCAGCGUCGGUAGCUAUUCCUGGUGCGUCUUUCUCGUCUGUAGGCGGCUCGUUUGCUGGUCUGCCUUCGCCAGGAGCAGCAUCUGUAGCGGAGCUACAUCCAAGCUACAACCCUGAGAGGGUGCGGGCAGAGCUCACCAGGGCACAGAGCCGAGGGCACGGAGCGGCAGGAGGAAGGGCAGCAGGAGGAAGGGCAGCAGGAGGAAGGGCAGCAGGUACAGCGACAGGCGCAGGAGCAGGAGCAGGAGCAGGAGACGAGGCAGGGGCAGAGGCAGGGGCGGGAGCAGGAGUAGCAGCAAUGGGAGGGAAAGCAGGAGAGGCAUCUAGAGAGGGUUGGUGCGUGAUUUGCUGGGAUUCAGCAGCGCAGGCAGUGUGUGUGCCUUGCGGGCACAUGGCGGGGUGUGUGGAGUGUCUAGCUGAGGUUAGAUCCAAGGGCUGGGGUUGCCCUGUGUGUCGAGCUCCCAUUCGAGAAGUGGUGAAAAUCUUCCAUGUUUAG